GUGUCCUUGUACUUCGAGCUCACGGCUGAGGGUUGGCGCGACUUUCCUUGGCGUGGCCCGGUGGAUGUUGCACUUGACGCCACCGUUGGUGAUCUGUUGGACGAUGCUCGGCAGAUCCUGUCGGCUGUGGUAGAAACUGCGCCGCCUCCGUCUCGGCACAAUCCCUACGACCUCCGCCAGCGACUAGCAAUGCUCAUGUGGGGCACGCUCUCGAUCAGGCGCUUUCAUCCGGCGGAGAUACUCACACUCGCGCACUGCCACGGCAGGCCUACGCUGCAGGUUUGCCAGAAAGUUCUUGGAGAGCUCCGCUUCCCCUCGGGCGAUGCGUAUGACCGGCGGCGCUUUGUGGACCAUGGCCUGAAACACGUGGAUCUCUACUUCCUAGAUGGAAGCUGUCCGGAUCGGGAGAUCAUCUCAAAGUUCCUCUACAUCGUUGAGAAUGAGCCGAGCGCAGUGGCUGUGCACUGCAAGGCCGGCUUGGGGCGUACAGGCACAUUGAUAGGCCUCUAUGCAAUGAAGCAUUAUCGCUGGCCUGCGCGAGCCUGGAUCGGGUGGAACCGGAUAUGCCGGCCUGGCAGCAUCCUAGGACCGCAGCAACAGUUCCUCUGCGACAUGCAGCAGGACAUGUGGCAGGCCACUGGCUUUCAGGAAUCCAAGUUUCCCGAAAUAAAGGGGCCCCAAAAGGGUUUUUAG